CCGAAGCGGCUCGGAAAGGCACCGGAAGUAGCUCGGCCUAGAGCUGCGCGCUCGCUCCGGGCGCGCACAGAGAACCGGAAGUCCCACCUCCCCGGCUACCGGAAAAGGAGGAGAGAGCGGAAGCCGGCGCCAUGCCGACGGUGCUGGGCCUGGAAGGUUCGGCCAACAAAGUGGGAGCCGGGGUGAUUCGGGACGGCCGGGUGCUCAGCAACCAAAGGGCGACGUUCGUCACGCCGCCGGGACAAGGUUUCGCUCCCGGUCCCGUCAGCCGCCAUCACCGCCAGAAGCUGCUGGGGUUGGUGGAGGCGGCGCUGAACGAAGCGGGGCUGCGAGGAGCCGACAUCGAUGGGGUGGCGUUCACCAAAGGGCCGGGGAUGGGGGCCCCGCUGGCGGUGGUGGCGGCGGUGGCUCGGACGUUGGCGCAGCUGUGGGGCCGGCCGUUGGUGGCAGUGAAUCAUUGUGUGGGGCACAUCGAGAUGGGGCGGCUGCUGGGGGGCGCCAGGGACCCCCUGGUGCUGUACGUCAGCGGGGGGAACACGCAGGUGAUCGCUUUCUCUCGCCGCCGUUACCGGAUCUUUGGCGAAACGCUGGACGUGGCGGUGGGGAACUGCUUGGAUCGCGUGGCUCGGCUCCUCAAGAUCUCCAAUGAUCCCAGCCCCGGUUACAACGUGGAGCAGAUGGCCAAAAGGGGGAAGCGGCUGCUGGAGCUGCCCUACGUGGUGAAGGGGAUGGACGUCUCCUUCUCCGGCCUGCUGUCACACGUCGAGGCCCAGGUCCCAUCCCUGCUGUCUUCGGGUGCCGCCACGGCUGAGGACGUCUGUCUGUCCGUCCAGGAGACGGCGUUCGCCAUGUUGGUGGAGGUGACGGAACGCGCCAUGGCGCUCUGCCGCUCCCCGGAGCUGCUGCUGGUCGGAGGCGUCGGAUGUAACGGGCGGCUGCAGGAGAUGCUGGAGGUGAUGUGCAGAGCCAGGGGGGCCCGGCUGUGCGCCAGCGACGACAGGUUCUGCGUGGACAACGGGGCGAUGAUCGCUCAGGCCGGGUGGGAGAUGCUGCGCAGCGGGCAGAUAACAGAGAUCAGGGACUCCGGCAUCACACAGAGGUACCGCACGGAUGAGGUGGAGGUCACGUGGAGGGACUGACCUUUGACCUUUGAACUUUGAACUUUGACCUUUGAACUUUGACUCCCAAUGAAGCUCAGCUUCCUCCCCCCCCCUCCCGAAUCCCAAA